GAUUUUAAAAGGAAGAUUUGGCUAAUAGUGUUAUUUUUGUGCAUUUCAAGUUUCCAGUGUAGCUGUGUCCCCGGAUAUUUUGGAACGCUUUGCAACCUGGACAUAAACGAAUGUGAAGAUUCCCCCUGCCUCCAUGACUCUAUGUGCAUCAACAACUGGGGGAUCAUAUGUGUCUGCCAUAGUGGCUUCUCAGGUAAAUGGUGUGAGCUGAACAUUGAUGAGUGCAAAUCUAAUCCAUGCCGAAACAACGGGAUGUGCAUCGAUGGUCUUGAUGGUUACCAGUGUGUGUGCUCCAGAGGAUUCAUGGGCUAUCACUGUGAGAGAAACAUUGAUGAGUGCUCGUCCAACCCCUGUGUUCAUGGGAGUUGCCUGGAUGAAACCGAUGCAUACAGCUGUCAGUGUGAGGUUGGAUGGACUGGUCACAGAUGUGAGAUCAACAUUAAUGAGUGUGAAACUCAUCCUUGUCUUAAUGGAGGCUCCUGUGUGGAUCUUCUGGACAAAUACGCCUGCAUAUGUGCAGAAGGUUUCACUGGGAAGAACUGUGAGAUUGACCAGAAUGUGUGUCUGCAGACGUCUCAUAAUUUCUCCCUAUGUUUCAAUGGAGGGACAUGUGUGGAUGGACCAGGGGCCAAUUUCACAUGCAGCUGCCUGCCAGGUUUUGUUGGAGAUUUCUGUGAGGUAGAGAUGAAUGAAUGCUGCUCUGAGCCCUGCUUUCAUGGGGCCAUCUGCCAAGACCUCAUCAAUGGCUACCAAUGUCACUGUCGACCAGGUUGGACAGGCCUUCACUGUGAAGAUGACAUUAAUGAGUGCUUGCUGCAACCAUGCAACCAGGGAAUGUGCAUCCAGAAUGAACCUGGCCAUGGCUACACCUGCUUCUGUCGGCCUGGAUUUGUGGGGAAAAACUGUGAAUAUAAUUAUGAUGACUGCUUGAUCCAGUCAUGCCCUGAUGGGUUUUCCUGUAAGGAUGGCAUCAACAAUGUCAGCUGUGUCCCUGUGAAUACCAACACAUCCACUGUUCCUCCAAUCUCUGUUGUAUCGUGGAGAACCAUGAACCCCAUCCCAGAGUUACAACCCACUUUAGCACCUGUGGAGAGCUUCCAAAACACUGAGCUGCCGACAGAUAUUAGUUUUGGGAGAUAUUCUGGGAAAUCCUUUUUGGAGUUUGAGGGCAUAGAAGUUGGUGCUGCAUUCAGUGUCACGGUGAGAUUCCUUACUGAAUCCAUGUACGGAACCCUGCUGUAUUCAGCCAGUGCCAUAAAAGGCAUCUUCUUCGUCAAACUCCACGUUUCCAAUGGAACGCUUCAGUAUGACUUUUUGUGCAACCAAAAGGAGGGAGCUCAGCGGAUCAAUACAGCACAGCAGGUUGCUGAUGGAAAUGAGCAUGUGCUGCUAUUGAGACAGUAUCUUUCUCCGUGUGCAGCCGAAGUCACUAUUUCAGGCUUUGGGACUGUCAGAAGUAUUCCAAGCAAUUUCACAACAGUCAUGAAUUUACAGCGAACUGACAGGAUCUUCAUCGGAGGACUUCCUCUUCUGUAUCCACCUCAUAAAGAAGCUGAGCCUUUCCACAACUAUACCGGCUGCAUUGAAAUAAUCGAAAUUAAUAAGCUCAGAAGAUUCCGUGUGGACCAUGCCAUUGCCAGGAACAAUGUUGACUACUGCAGGUCUCCGUGGCAUCAUGACCCUCCAGCAAACUCCACAGAUUCCCCUCCUGAGUUCAUUACAGUGGAAACCCCUCCUGACGGGCGUAUCCCACCCACACAGCCUUCACCUGUCUGCCCACAGGGGCUCUGUCUCAACGCCGGAUCCUGUCGGCCCAUCUCUCUGCCCAGCGGAGCCUCGUCUUUCUUUUGUGACUGUCCUCUGCACUUCACAGGACGCCGGUGUGAACAAGAUACCACAGUCUUUUUUCCUCAAUUCGAUGGUACCUCUUUCUUGGAGUUGCCAUCUCUGACAUCCCUGUUUCAGUCAGACACUCACUUUCCAAGCCAUUCCUCAGAGGACAGGAGGACCAUGUAUUUGACAAUGAAGAGCAAGACACCUCAUGGUACUAUUCUCUACUCCCGGGAGCAGAAUUUUGGAGUCCGUUUCCUCCAUGUGUUUCUCCAGAAUGGAAGACCGGUGGCCAAGUUGGGCUGCAGCAGCAUUCAUGUUUUGACUGCAGCUGCUUCACAAAAUAUCCAGAACAAUACCUUGGUGCCAAUUAUAGUGAGAUAUGCAUUGCCAUCUCGUGACAAUGACCGGCUCUGUAUUAUUGAAAUAGCUGUUGCUAAUGGAACUACUAAUCGGCAGCAGAAAUACAUGGAUCAGCCUAUGUCAGAGGUGCUGUUUGGCCCCACAUUCCUUGGUGGCGUUCCAUCCCUCUCAGAGCUGCACCACAACACUGGGAAUGUCUCUGGCUUCAUCGGCUGCAUACAUGAACUGCAGAUGGGCUCCAAAGAGUUGUAUGUGGUAGGGGAAGCAAUCAGAGGCCAAAAUAUUCAGAAUUGUCACGGUACAGUCUGCCAGCACCAACCCUGUCGUAAUGGAGGAACCUGUAUCAGUGAUGCGAAGACCUGGUUCUGCGUGUGUCCUUCUCUUUACUCCGGAAAGCUGUGCCAGUUCACCGCCUGCGAGCAAAACCCGUGUGCGCUCGGCGCCACCUGCGUUCCCCAGACGCGGCUCGAAGCAGUGUGUCUUUGCCCCUAUGGAAGGCAGGGUCUCCUCUGCGAUGAGGCUGUCAACAUCACUCGUCCCAGGUUUAGUGGACUUGACGAAUUUGGAUACUCAUCCUAUGUGGCUUAUCCUUCUAUUCCCAGUAUGGGUCAUUUUUAUGAAUUCCACCUGAAGCUCACCUUUGCCAAUAAUGCCUCCGCUUUGAGAAACAACCUCAUUCUCUUUUCUGGGCAAAAGGGACAAGGCAUCAGUGGUGACGACUUCUUGGCAUUGGGGGUGCGGAACGGCAGGAUUGUUCAUAAGUAUAAUCUCGGUUCGGGUUUGGCAACAAUUAUCAGCGAGCGCCUGAAUCCGAGGAUCAACAUUCAUACAGUGCACUUCGGAAGACAUCUGAAAAACGGAUGGCUGAAGCUGGUUUGUUCUUUUCUGAACAGGGUUGAUGGGCAGAAGAGGAGGAUGGGUACAUCCCCUGGUCCACUGGUGGGCUUGAACACCUUUAGUCAACUUUAUGUAGGUGGAUAUGAAGAAUACACACCUGAGCUAUUGCCUGCGGGCUCUCGAUUCCAGAACAGCUUUCAAGGCUGCAUUUUCGAUUUCUGUUUCGGAAUGAGACGAGAUGGGGAAGUUUCUUCCCUCCAGGAGGUCAGAGGGCAGGCCAGCCGUCCAGGACGUAAUGUGGGCCAGUGUGGGUACGGAGGCACCUGUGUGGACUCUGGAUCCUCUGUGUACUGUCAGUGUGUGUUAGGAUGGAAAGGUGCUCUUUGCUCAGAGAAAGUGUCGUUCUGUGAUGCUGAGCACAUCCCACCUCCCUCCUGCGCUCGCGGUGCCACCUGUGUGCCCCUUCCCGAUGGAUACACAUGCCAGUGCCCCCUAGGCUCUGCUGGACUCUUCUGCCAGCAAGCUGUAUCUAUCAGUGAUCCCUUCUUCAGUGGGAAUCAAUCAUCUUGGAUGUCAUUUCCUCCCAUCAACAUGAGGCACAGAACUCAUCUGCAGCUGCAGUUUCAAACUCUUUCACCAGAGGGAAUCCUGUUCUACGCCUCACGAUACUUGAGCAGUCGGUCAGGUGAUUUCCUCAGCGUAUCCCUGUCAGCUGGAUUUGUGCAGCUCCGCUAUAAUCUGGGAAACGAAACCAUUGUAUUACAGUCUCCACAACGUGUAGAUGUGACCGGCGUGAAGUGGCACACGGUGAAGACUGGUAGAGAAGGCAACCGUGGUUUUCUGAUUCUGGAUGAUGAAGCUGUAACCAGGAACUCUUCGGAGGGCACGACCACUCUAGAUGUUAGCACAAAUAUUUUCAUGUGGUUGUCCUCCCUGAACACAGUUGUCCCAGAAGCAAUGGAGAGAAGGAGCCUGUGGGAUUUCACAGGAAGCAUUCGAGAGGUCAUAGUCAACGGGCAGGACCUUGUUCUUACAGAGACAGGCGCACUGGAUGGAGCCAAUGUUGGCGACUGGGACGGGACAGCAUGUGGAUAUAAGGUUUGCUCAAACAGUGGCUACUGCCAUCCAGCAGGACUUUCUUCAUUCAGGUGUAUUUGCCCCGUGCUGUGGACUGGUUCACGGUGCCAGCAAUCAGUUCACUGUGUCAACAAUCUAUGUCAACACAAUUCUGUCUGUGUCCAUAACACAACUUCUGCUUCAUAUUCAUUGUGUUCUCUGGGAUGGGUUGGGACGUACUGUGACCAAGAGGUUACAUUGAGAACUUUAAGGUUUACUGGAAACUCUUAUUUGAAAUACAAGGACCUGAAGUACCACUCUAGGAAUUUGAUGUACACUGAGGUGGCACUGAAUUUUUCUGCUUCAUCAGGGGACGGUUUGAUCCUUUGGAUGGGGAAAGCACACAGUGAAGACGAUGAC